AUGGCGACGCAUUCAAGACCAGUCCUCAAGGUGGCGGUGGAGCAGUGGGUGCCGUGGACUAAGGUGCUGACGGACACUGACGGGAGAAUGAAGGUGGAGGGACCGAUGGGAAAGCUUCUCGACAUGAUAUCCAGUGUUUUGAGCUUUGAUUACGAGUUUGUACGUCCUGUCAACAUGGCGUGGGGGCGACCCUAUCCGAACGGCUCCUGGGACGGCAUGCUGGGUCAGCUGCAGCGGCGGGAAGUGGAGUUCGCUGUGGGUCCCUUCGGCGUAACUUACCAGAGGGAGUCGAUAUGUGACUUUACGGAUCCCAUGUACAGCGAGAACAACGCGAUCCUGAUGGUGAGGCCCACCCUACGGAACGACAUGGCGGGGUUCCUUAAACCUUUCAGUGGAAAGGUGUGGAUGUUGGCGCUAACGAGCUUGAUAGUAAUAGUGGUGGUGAUGGCACGCCUGGCAGCGACGGAAAUGAGCUUGUUCAGCUCGUCGCCACGCUGGGGCUUCUCCAAGGCCACUAACUGGGGCCUGAAGGUCUUCACACAGGAAGGCUCCGAGGAUGUGCCGCCCUUCACUGCCACCCGGCUGCUUGCCGCCGUGUGGCUGCUGGCGUCCAUGGUGUUCAUGUCUUCUUACGGCGGCAUCCUCACCGCCAUGCUCACCGUGCCGCGGGUCACCAUCCCCAUUGAUUCCCUGGCAGACCUGGUUGCGCAGGACGACCUGCCCUGGACGGUGGAGUCGUCCUCCAUGAUGUACCAGUACUUCCAGGAGGCGAAAGACGGGGCGAGGAAGAAAUUUUUUGAUGGUCUGCUCUCCACCAUCCAGGACUGCUACUCCUCGCGCCAUGACAUCGCCAGUAGUCAGUACGCGGCCAUCUGUGACAAAACCACCAUGAAGAAGGCCAUGUCUUGGGACUACAGCAACACCGGCAAGUGUCACCUGUACAUCUCCCGCGAAAAUGUGUACAGCAAUAUCCAGAUCGCCAUGGCCUUCCAGAUCAACUCGACCUAUCGCCGCAGAACCAACGCCAUCAUCCACAUGUUGAAGGAGGCGGGCAUCCUGGACCUGUGGCUGGCGCAGGAGAUUACCAAUGCCACCCAGUGCCUCAGACCGCCCUCCGCAGACCGCAGCACGGGCAUUGCCGCUCUCACCGUUGAAGCUCUAGCUGGCUCCUUCCUCCUGCUGGGGGGAGGUGAGGGAAGUGAGGGUAGAGGAGGGAUGCGAGCAGCAUUCCAGUGUUCACACGUAUGA